AUGGUUUUCACAUUAUUUCGGCGUCGUUAUAUGCGCGCUGCCAUCCUCUGCUUGGCCAUAGAGAUAUUGGUUAAUCUGCUACACGUUUCAGGUUACAUCCCACCUAGAAGCUUAAUACAUUCUUAUGAUCCAUAUAGCCCUAAGUGUGUUAGCUAUUUCAGUCCUAAAAAGCGUGAAAGGCCGCUUCGUGCAGAAGGAACACCGGUUGAAAGUAAGGGAUUAGAACAAUCCGGUGACCUUGAUGCAACUUCUUCUGAGGUCAUACCGGCCUAUCUACCACAUGAGCCGGUACUCCUUGAGGAAUCUAUUGAUCUUUUGGUGACGAAUCCUGAUGGUCGAUAUUUGGACGUCACCUUUGGUUAUGGAGGUCACGCGGAGGCUAUAUUAGAACGUCUUUCGUCUAAGGGCACACUGGUGGCAGUUGAUCGUGAUCCUGAAGCUAUUUACAAUACAUCACGUCGUCUUGAAAAAUAUGUGACUUCAGGACAGUUAAUACCCAUUAUCGGUACAUUUAGUAGCCUGAAACAUGUACUAAAAUCCCAAUCAUUACCAAUAGAAGGGUACACGGGGAUAUUGGCCGAUUUGGGUCUUUCAACCCACCAAUUAGAGAGUGCGAAGCGUGGAUUCGCAUAUAAUUGUGAUGGGCCACUUGAUAUGCGCAUGUCAAAUCCAAAUCACGACCCUUUCCGUAAGGGGAUGGAACCGUCCUCACUGGAAACAUCAAACACUGUUUUCAAGUUAAUUAAUCGGGGUCGUGAAUAUGACAUUGCUCAUAUCAUUCGUGAGUAUGGUGAGGAGCCGCGUGCUUCGAUAAUUGCACGUCGUAUCGUGGACCUUCGUCAACGCGUUGGAGGAAUUUCCACAACUUUUCAACUGCGUGAUAUUGUACUAGGGUGUGUCAGGGGUAACCACAAGGUCGGCAUGAAGACCCUUUCUCGUGUAUUCCAGGCAUUGAGGAUAUAUGUUAACGAUGAGCUCUAUGAGCUAGAAAGUUUACUAGACACAGCUCCAUCGUUGUUACAUCGUAAACAUGGCAGAUUAGCAGUGAUUUCAUAUCACUCUUUAGAGGAUCGUGCCGUAAAGCGUGUAUUUUCAGAUUUACAAGCGUCAUCGGACCCGUCAUCUGACAUUAGUGUAUACCGCGUACUUACCAAGAAGUGCGUGACACCUACCCGGGAGGAAUGUCGAACUAACCAAAAAGCACGUUCUGCUAAACUACGAUGUGUAGAACGAUAUAAGUAUAAACCUACUAAAUAG